AUGGCACUCUCAUGGGUCGCAUACACCUGCAUCGCGAUCCUCCUUGCCUCCGUCUACCUCCGCAAGCGCCUAAGCAACCACACAUCCCAGUUAGAACGUGAUGCGCAAGCCGAGAAACCUGGUCGCCCACGCCACAAGGAUGGGCUAACUGCAUCUGCGCGCCAACUUCGCGGCAGACUCGUUGCUACCAUCCCGCACAUCACCGUCACACCCGAUAAAGCUCUUGAAUUCGAGAAGUCGGUGAAUGCGUACUGGGACCGGAAAGCGUGUGAGGUACAUCCCUCGUGUGUAGUGCGGCCGCGUAAUGUGUGGGAGUUGGCACAGGCCGUUAAGAUACUCCGGCAAGAAUUCGAUCGACGGGUUCAGCAGAGUGGGGAUUCAAGAGAGGAGUUGGAGCCGGUUUUUGCGGUGCGAGGGGGAGGUCAUAGUCCUGUUGGUGGUGCGUCGAGUAUUCAAGGUGGGGUGCUUAUUGAUCUUAGUCUCUUUGACAAGGUUGUCCUAGCAGAAGAUAAAAAGAGUGUGGCGAUUGGUGCUGGAUGCCGAUGGAUCGAUGUUUAUGCCGCGCUAGAAAAAUAUGGGCUUGCGGUUGUGGGAGGGAGGAAUUGUGCGGUCGGUGUAGCGGGAUUGACGCUUGGAGGGGGUUUAUCGUUUUUCUCGCCUCAGUAUGGGUUUGUGUGCAGUAAUGUUGUUGGGUAUGAAGUUGUUCUCGCGGAUGGAUCGGUUGUCACGGCGGAUCAGCACAAUAAUACGGAACUUUGGCGUGCACUGAAGGGUGGAGGAAACAAUUUCGGUAUCGUUACUCGGUUUAGUGCUCGUACGUUUCCGUGUACGAAUAUUUGGAGCGGAUUCGUCUACUACUCGUCUUGGAAAACCCCGGAAAUCCUUUCUGCAUUCCACUCUUUCGUUGCGCGCACCACGUCCGGCGAAACAAACGACAGCUUCGAUCCUCACGCCGCUGGCCCGCUGGUUUGCUUUACCUAUCUCCAGUCCUACGGCAUCCAAGGCAUCGCCGUGAACCUCGUACAUACGUCACCAGAUCCCAAGAGCAAAGGCUGGCCAAGCACCUGGCUCAGUUCUGGGUUCAAAAGCACAUGUCGAUUCUGGAGCACGUGCAAGGUGCGGACGUUAAGUGAAGCGACAGAUGAACUGAAUGCAUUGAAUCCGCCGCAACGCCGCCAGGAAUUCGCUACAACGACGAUCAAGAAUGAUUUGGACACUUUGACGGCAACGCAUACGGCGUAUUGCAAUGCUAUUCAGAAAAUCCGACAGCACAAUGUCAAGGGAGUGUCUUGGACACUCGUGCUCCAGCCACUGCUUCCUAUCUGGACGCGCAAGGGCGACGCUAACCUCAUGGGGCUUGACCAGAAGGACGAAGAAUCCUUAGUCAUUGUAAGUUUCACAGUAAACUGGACCCUGAGUAGAGACGAUGAGGUCGUGCAAGACAUCACAAGAGCCGCGAUUGAACAGAUAGAUGCGUAUGCCCAGAAAAGGGGGACACAACAUAAGUACCGAUACAUGAACUAUUGUGCAAAGUGGCAGAACCCAUUCGACGGGUACGGAAACGAGAACUUGGAAUCUCUUCACCGCGUUAGGAGAGACGUUGAUCCUGAGGGUUUAUUCCAACAUGGAUGCAAUGGAGGAUUUAAACUAGGCAUGUAA